GAAAUGACCUCACGCACAAGUUAAUUUUUUGCUGGUAUUUUUGAUGCCAGAAGACACGGGUGUGCCUAUAAAGCUCCGUAUAACGACGCAUCGUGGCCGCUGAAUAAGUGGCGCCUUCACAGGCCUUAGAAACAACGCAGGGAUACACUCGCCACAGACCAUCGUCAUUAUUCAACCAUUGUUUAUACUGCAUAAUUUGCAAUCUUUGUGUUAAAUAAAAUGGCGGACUCCAAUGGAAGUAACCCUGUAAAGUCAACCUUCACCUUUAAUGUGAAAGCAGCGGAAUUUAAACCAGGAGCUACUUGGGAUGACUACGAUAAGGAUGAAGUCAAGGAAAUAACACCUAGAUUUGAAGAACUUAAAAUAGAAUCCGUGACAAAUGUAGCAUCAGAACCAGACUCUGAAAUCGCAACGAGUGAGGAGGAACUUAAAGAACCGACCUCAGCGAGAGAGUCAGGAAUUAAGAAGAAGUCAGCUGGAGGAGACUCAGGUGUACAUGAUCCCGAUCCUAGACAGCAUCUGAAUAUCGUUUUUAUCGGUCAUAUUGAUGCAGGCAAGUCUACGACGUGCGGUAAUAUACUUUAUCUAUGUGGAUACGUUGAUGAAAGGACCAUAGAAAAGUAUGAACGUGAAGCAAAAGACAGAAAUCGUGAAAGCUGGUUCCUAGCAUUUAUCAUGGAUACCAACGAAGAAGAGCGUCAAAAAGGUAAAACAGUAGAAGUGGGACAAGCACGUAUCGAAUCAACAAACAAGCGCUUUACAAUUCUGGAUGCUCCAGGACAUAAGAACUAUGUACCAAAUAUGAUAUCAGGUGCCACCCAAGCUGAUUGCGGUGUGCUUAUUGUGUCCGCACGAAAGGGAGAGUUCGAGACAGGAUUUGACCGUGGUGGACAAACGAGAGAACACACACUAUUAGCAAAAACAUUGGGAGUUACACAUCUAAUAGUUGCCAUAAAUAAAAUGGACGACCACACGUGUGAUUGGUCCGAAGCAAGAUAUAAUGAAAUUGUACAAAAGUUAAGGCCAUUCCUAAAAACAUGUGGUUUUGCAGAGGGACGUAACCUGAACUUCGUGCCUAUAUCGGGACUUAAUGGACAAAAUAUUAUGCAGCAUGUGUCUGAUACCAGCUAUAAAUCAUACAGCCCCAAUGCUGCAUGGUAUCCACUCUCACAACCGACUUUGUUCCAGCUGCUAGAUGGAAUUGAGAUAUCCACAUUUGAUGCUAAUGCACCAUUGCGUAUUCCCAUCACAGGAGCAUUUAAAGAUAAUGGAGUUGUUUGUAUGGGUAAAGUGGAAUCUGGCACAAUCAGCAUGGGACAAAACUGUAUUGUCAUGCCCGGAAAAAUAAAAAUUAAGAUCCAAAAUGUUCUCUUUGACGAAGAUGAAUUCGCAUAUGCCAAACCGGGAGAAAAUAUCAGACUCCGGGUACUCGGUGUUGAAGAAGAACAAAUCAGCAAGGGGACAGUGCUUUGUGAUGUGAACAAGCCCUGCCCAGUGGUGACCGAAUUUGUCGCCAUGGUCCAAAUCAUAGAUCUACUGGAACAUAGACCACUCAUAACAUCAGGUUAUUUCUGUGUUAUGCACGCACAUAGUGUAGUGGUUGAAGUACACUUUGUCAAGUUGUUAGAAACCACUGAUAAGGCAACCAAAAAGAAGAAGCUUAACCCUACAUUCGUCAAGAAUAACACGCUAGUUACAGCACACCUGAGGGUAUCGUCGCCAAUAUGCCUCGAAGUAUUUGAAAAUUGUGCGCAGUUGGGACGCUUUACCAUGAGAGAUGAAGACAAAACCAUUGCAGUUGGUAAGGUAUUAACCAUUCUCAAGCAAGAGUAAAACAUUGUGCUCAGUUAUAGCUGGCUAAUAUUACUGUUUGCUCAAGCCAUUGCACUGGUUUGUCUAACUGGGUUUAAUAAUAUCCAUGGAAUCCAUCUGUUCUAUUCAACGUUCGUUGCCACGCA